ACUGCCUACCUAGUUUGCUUUUUAGUGCGCCUUUUGUUGGCCAAGAAUGCUGUCUCGGUAGGUAGCGUAGUAGUUUUUGAGACAGAUGCGCACACCGAGUUAUGGAGGACAUCAGAUGCGACCACCAACAUCAAUCUACGACUAGUUGACAUGGCAGACAAAAAAGGGAAAUCUGUGGGGGUGAAGAGGACACUAACAAAAAGAGAACAGGAGGAAAUCAAGAAAAAGGAGGAGGAGAAAGCUGCCGAAGUCUUUGAAGAAUUUUUAGCUUCUUUUGACUCUAAUGACAAGAGUAAUGUGAAGACUUUUGUACGUGGUGGUAUUGUGAAUGCAACUAAAGAGGAAGAAGCUGCGGAGGUGAAGAAGAGCAAACUCUACAGACCCGUCACUAAAUUCACUCCUCCGUCUCCGAAUGCCUCUCCUGCUCCAUCUGCAGACAUUAGAAAAACAGCCGCUAAAAAGAAAGUGGAGGAGAAGAAGAAGAGUAAUCUGGAGCUUUUUAAAGAAGAGCUGAAACAAAUACAAGAGGAAAGAGAAGAGAGAUACAAAAGAAAGAAAGGAGACUCUGGAGGAGUGCAUCCUGAUGUGGAUUUACCUUUGACGCGACGAUCAAGUACGCAUGAGAAACAUACAGUUUACAAUCACUUUAAAGAUCUAGUGGGAAAUAAAACGACUUCAUGCAUUGUCUUUGUAGUAUUCGACGAUGAUCCUGCAGUGCCAAACACAACAAACCUGUACAUCGGCUGCAUCAACCCCAAGAUGACGGAGGAGAUGCUCUGUAAAGAGUUUGGCAAAUACGGCCCUCUUGCCAGCGUGAAGAUUAUGUGGCCUCGCACAGAGGAAGAGAGAACUAGGGUCACCAACCGCGGUUUUGUUGCCUUCAUGACACGAAAAGAUGCAGAACGUGCUUUGGCUGCCCUGGAUGGUAAGACGAUAAUGGGUUUUGAAAUGAAGUUGGGUUGGGGGAAAGCAGUACGCAUUCCCCCGCAGCCUCUUUAUACUCCCAUUGGUGUGCUGAAGACCACAGCCCCCCCUCCACCAUCUGGACUGCCAUUCAAUGCCCAACCCAGAGACCGCUUCAGGAAUGACUUCACCAAAUCCCGAAGCCGCUCGCAGGAAGACUUUUACAAGACUCUGUCCGAGGCCGUAGUGACAGUGGUAAUCCCCCCAGAAAGGAACCUGCUGGGCUUGAUACACAGAAUGAUUGAGUUUGUGGUGAGAGAGGGACCCAUGUUUGAGGCCAUCAUCAUGAGCCGGGAGAAGAGCAACCCUGACUUUAGGUUUUUGUUUGAAAACAAGAGUCAGGAGCAUGUGUACUACAGAUGGAAGCUGUAUUCUAUUCUACAGGGCGAAAACCCAAAUAAAUGGAGAACGACAUCUUUCAGAAUGUUUAGGGGUGGCUCGUUGUGGAAGCCUCCCAUUCUUACCCCAUAUCUCCAUGGAGAUGAGGAUGCAGAAGAGAGCUCCUUCUCUAUUCAAGAAGAAGAGCCAAAGAAAGGGCAGCUGAAGGCAGAACACAGAGAGAGGUUAGAGUCCCUGCUGAGAGGUCUGACUCCACGCAGAGAUGAGAUCGGAGAUGUGAUGCUGUUCUGUCUGGAGAGAGCAGAGGCUGCGGAGGAGGUCGUCUCCUGCAUCACAGAGGCUCUGUCACUACUGCACACGCCACUACAGAAGAAGAUUGCCAGACUUUACCUGAUAUCUGACAUCCUCUACAACUCCUGUGCCAAAGUUGCCAAUGCAUCAUAUUACCGCAAAUUUUUUGAGACAAAGCUGCCUGAGAUAUUUGGGGACUUGAGUGAAUCAUAUCGGAACAUCCAGGCCAGACUCCAGGCAGAGCAGUUUAAGCAAAGGAUCAUGGGAUGUUUCCGUGCGUGGGAGGACUGGGCAAUUUAUCCAGAUUCCUUCCUGAUCCAACUGCAGAAUAUAUUCCUGGGGCUCAUUAAACCUGGAGAGGAGGUGAUUGACAGGCCGGAGCCUGGAUCUCCAGACCUGGAUGGGGCACCUUUGGAUGGUGUUCCUAUAGAAAGAAGUGAAAUUGAUGGAAUGCCCCUUGAUGACCUUGAUGGCUCACCCUUAACCUGGGAUCCAGCCUCCAUCGAUGGAGUACCGGUUGAUGACAUUGAUGGUGUUCCUCUGGAAAACCCAAUAGAUGACAUCGAUGGCGUGCCUUUGGAUGAAAAGUCUUUACCCAGUGUUGCACUGUCUAAAUGGGAGAAGGUGGAAGAUACAGAGUCAUCAGCAAAGAAUGACUCUGAGCUGAACUCAAGCGGCCUUAAAGAGAAUGAAGGUGAUUCUGACAUGAGCAGCGAUGAUGCUGACAGUCCCAGCAGGUUCGAGGGGGCAGAGUUUAAGUCUUCUUUGAAAAACUUUGAGCUGUCUGAAAGCAAAAGGACACACCUCCGAGAGCUGGAGGUGAAGGUGAUGAAGUUUCAGGAUGAACUAGAGUCUGAGAAGAGACAAAGGAAGUCCAGUAUGAGUCUUCAACAACAAGUUCAGCACUACAGAAACCGACUAUUACAGAAGGAGUUUGAUAAGGACAACCUAGAAAAGAGAGACAAAUGGUCACAGAAACCGAAAGAAAGGCCCAAAAAAGACGAGCGGAGAGAUAAAGGGGAGGACAGGAGUAAAACACGGGAUAAAGAGAAGAGUAGAAAGAGUGAAGACAGAGAGAGGAGUAGGGGACGGAGUCGAGACAAAGACGACAGGAGAGAGAGAACAAGAUCUCGAUCACCGAAAAAGUCCAAGCGAUCGCCGUCUCCGCAGCACAAAUCCUGGAGUUCAUCAUCCCGAUCACCACAUCGCUCACACAAAAAGUCCAAGAAGAGCAAACACUGAACUCGAAGCCUUUGACCUCUGCAGUCGUCUCAUAGCGCAGACUGGCAGAGCCUGAGGGAUGCUCUUGUCUCGCACAACUGCAUUUCUGUUCCACAGUGCUUUGAAGGAAGGACUGAACAAUCCCAUUUGCUUCCAGAACAGUUUUCUAAGGGGCUGCUGCAAUCGCGACCCUGGGCUUGGCUGAAUUUUUCUAAGAUGAAGUGUGAACUUGUACAGAUCUUAUUUUUGUUUUGUAAACGGUUUUAUUUGUGUUAUCUUCUCAUUUUGUUUAAAAUCCAGUGUUUAAAAAAGCUGCAAGAUGGACACCUCCACUCCCCAACCUUUACAAUAAAAACAUUUGUGGAAGGACAAAUGUGUUGGUGUAAAUGUUAUAUAAAUUAGUUUUUUGUAAAUUGAAAUCUAUAAUUGAAAUAUUUGGUAAUAGACCGACACCACAUUGAUCUUUACAAUGUGGUGUGAGUCUAUUAAUCAGAAUAUGGCAAUAUUCGGUUUAUGCUUACACAUACCAUACGAUGCCUUAUUCAGAAUAUUAACCCUAACAUAACCAUUCAUUCAUAGCUGCCCACGUGUAAACAGAGUAAUCCUGCAUACUAUUGGAUGCAAACAUUUUACAGGCAUUAAAAAUCAGAACCAACAUUUUGAAAUAUAUUGCAGUCGUGUGUGUUAUUGCUAAAGUCCUCAAUGAGAAUUAAGUGUCAGAUUUAAAACUAAUUAUACAAGAUCACUAAAAUGUAAUAAAUGGCACGAUCAUAAGCAGUGUUUCCAGAGGAGAGAUAAGUAACAUGCAUGUUUACGUUUAUUCACAGUAUGCUUAACAAAAUGUACAGUAUACAGCUGUAGAGUAUG